UUCCUCUUUGAGGACGGAUCAACCUGUACGAUUAGGUUUGAGCCAAGAAGCAUGGCCUUUACUCUGAUUUCUCAGGAAGCAGACUGAACAGGAGAACAGCAACAGGGUUUCAAUCCAGAAAGAUUUCUCAGGAAGCAGACUGAACAGGAGAACAGCAACAGGGUUUCAAUCCAGAAAGUGUCAUUCUCUCCCUCCUGAACUUUCUAGUAUCGCUGUCCACUUACCCAGUACACCAUGCCUAGAGGCAACAAGAGCAAGAGCCGAUCCAGGGCCAAAAGGCAGCAGAUGCGGGGAGAGAAGCCUAAACUCCAGGGUGCUCAGCCCACUGGGAAGGAGGAGGGGAAAGCAGCAUCUCCUGCUCUUGACCAGGGAGAUGGCCCCAGCUCCUCUGAUAGAGGCACUGCUCAGGAGUCCCAGGAGGCUGCAUCCCAUAUCUCUCCUGAGUUAAAUGUGUCUCAUCCAGUCCAUGAUGUUGGUGCUGAGGGUUCCUUUGCAGGUGUGGAUGAGAGACGUGCAAAUGUCUCCAUUAUAGCAGAUGCCAUCCAAUGUGCACGCAGAGAUCCUCUGACCAGGAAGGCCAGCAAGGUACUUCACUAUCUGCUGGAGAAGUACCAAAAGGAUGAGCAACCUGUAGAGGGAGAGAUGCUGAAGCUGAUAGGCAGGAAGUACAAGGUUCACUUCCCCCAGAUCCUGGAGAAAGCCACCUAUCAGCUAGAGCUCGUCUAUGGUCUGGAGUUGAAGGUAGACAACCCUGCCACUCACUCCUAUGUCCUUGUUAGCAAGCUACCCAUCCUCCCUGGGGCAGAUGUGGGUGGCAGGAGAGAAUUGCCUAAGACAGGUCUCAUCCUGACCAUCCUGGGUAUGAUCUUCAUGAAGGGCAACCGUGCCACUGAGGAAGAGGUCUGGCAGUUUCUCCACAUGCAGGGGAUAUAUCCUGGGAGGAGGCACUUAAUUUUUGGGGAGCCCCGGAAUUUCAUCACCAAAGUGUUAGUUGAGCAAAAUUAUGUGGAGUACCGCCAGGUUCCUGGAAGUGAUCCCCCAACUCAUGAGUUCCUAUGGGGUCCCAGAGCCCAUGAGGAAUCUACUUACAGGAAAGUUAUGGAUAUUUUAGCUAAAAUCAAGAGUGCCAUUCCUAGUUACUAUCCUCAACAGUAUGAGGAGACUCUCAGUAACCAGGCUGAGAGAGCAGCAAGGAGAGAUGAGGCUGGGGGUUUUCAUGCUGCCAGGAUUCCCUCACAUGCCCAAGCUAGCAGCUCCUCCCACAUUUAGCUAGCCAUUGGUGAUAGCUAUCACUGUGCUCAAGACCAGCCAGUCUUCUGAGUAGUGGGGCAUUUAUGAGCAGUGGGAAUACAGUAAUACAAUACCUUUUGUUAUGCAUGGAAAAAGUAUACAUACCUCUUUGUUACAUUGUUAAUAUUCCUGUAACUGAAGAUUAAUUUGUUUUAUAUAUGUUUCUUAAUCCAAUAUCUGCUACGUUUACUGCUCUUUGUCAAGGGUAAUAUAUUUAGCGUUUUAAAGUUAUUGGAAAAUCUUUACAAAUGUCUUCUCAGUAAGUGUAAAACAAGACAUGGGAAAAGGUUUCACAGAAUGUGAUGUGCUGCAUUUGGUAAAACAAAGUGAAGUGAUCAGUUCAUCCCUGUCACUCUUGGUUUUGUCUUCAGUUCAUAAUUUUAAUAGAAAUAAACUUGGUUUCAUUACCUUAGCG